AUUCAUUUGAUCGCCUAUUCACGUCAUAUACGUAAUUUCUAACACAUCACAACAUGCCGAGAGAAGUUGAGCCUUCGCUCAACGAGCGUCAAUUCAUCCGCGAUGCCCUGUUUGAAAGCAUCCGUCUCGAUGGCCGUCAACUCGAUCAAUACAGAAAUCUGGAGCUGGAGUUUGGCGACGACUUUGGUGUUGCUGAUGUGAGGUUGGGAAAGACAAGAGUGGUAGUACGAGUGUCCGCAGAAGUCACAACACCCUUCCCUGAUCGCAAGUUCGACGGCGUCUUUACAAUUUCCACCGAGCUCUCGCCCAUGGCCUCUCCUGCCUUUGAAGUCGGUCGCCCAAACGAUGCCGAAGUCGUCCUCUCCCGUCUAUUGGAAAAGUCCAUUCGCCGUUCAGGAGCUCUGGAUACCGAGUCACUCUGCAUCAUCGCCGGCGCAAAGUGUUUUGCCGUCCGCGCAGACAUUCACGUACUGGAUCACGACGGCGGUUUGAUUGACGCUUGCUGUAUUGCUCUGGUCGCCGCUCUGCAACACUUCCGCCGUCCUGAUGUCGAGGUACACGGAGAGGACGUUACAGUCUUCGAUACACGCGAGCGCGAACCUGUCAAGCUGGCCAUGCAACAUCAUCCUUUCUGUGUUUCCUUCUCCUUCUACCACGGCGGCGAGACGGUCAUUAUGGAUGCAAAUCUGGCUGAAGAGAGUGUCCGCGACGGUGAGAUGAUUGUCAGCAUGAACCGUCAUGGUGAGGUCUGCCAGAUUGCAAAGUAUGGAGGUGUGCCUGUGGAUCCAUUGACUACUCUCAAUUGCUCAAAUGUUGCGCUCGAGAAGGUCAAGGUACUGCAUCAAUUCGUCCAAACAAAGCUGGAGCAGGACGAGAAGAAGAGAGACAAGGGCGGUCUCAUGGCCGAGCUGAAUGCUGCCAACUCGAGAGAACUCGCAAACAUCCCUGGUUGAGAAUCUGAUGUGAAUCCUCAAACCACCGAGCCACUGCCUCUUUCGCCUCUGAAGGCGUGAGGUUACGAGUCUACCAGCACACAGCCUAUACAUCGUGGUGCAUCCGCCAGGGAGUGGCUACCACGAGCCCUUUCAACGCCACCAUCUGAUAGCCAUGAGGAUCCCAGGCUACGUCACGAGAAUGUACAAUGAAUGACUGCCAUGUCAGCUAUGGAUCUUCACGUAGGUACCAUGGCCAGAAUCACCAUGUCCAUCACGAAUAAUAGAAGGAUAUAGAUGAACAACAAAAGUCUCGUAUCGUCAUUGCAAGACGAUCAAUCUACGUUCUGAAAUACUGCU